CUGGGCAGAUGGCGGAGUCACAUGACGGGGGCACGAGGGAGCUGGUGCUCGGAAAACUUCCCGAGUGGGGGGAGGGGACUGGAGCAGUACGCAGCGGCCAUGGCGGCGCCCUGCCGAAGGGGGCGGCAGCUGCUGCUGCUGCUGGUAGCGCUGCUGCGGGCGACGGAGCCUCACUCUCAGCCGGGGUGGCCUGUACCCUACCGACGUUUUGAUUACCGCCCUAAAUCGGAUCCCUACUGUCAAGCUCGUUAUACUUUCUGUCCUACUGGUUCUCCCAUCCCAAUAAUGAAAGACGAGGAUGUUAUUGAAGUGUAUCGGUUACAGGCUCCGGUGUGGGAGUUCAAAUAUGGGGGGCUGCUUGGGCAUUUGAAAAUUAUGCAUGAUGCUGUUGGCUUCAGGAGUUCUCUAACUGGCAGAAACUACACAAUGGAAUGGUAUGAACUCUUCCAGCUUGGGAACUGCACCUUUCCACAUCUCAGACCUAAUAUUGAUGCACCAUUUUGGUGUAAUCAGGGAGCUGCCUGUUUUUAUGAAGGAAUUGAUGAUGCACACUGGAAAGAAAAUGGAACCUUGAUUUUGGUGACCACAAUAACAGGAAUUAUGUUUAACCAAAUGGCAAAAUGGGUAAAAUAUGACAACGAUACUGGCAUUUACUAUGAGACCUGGACAGUUCGAGCCAGCCCAGACCAGCAGUCUGUAGUAUGGUUUGAAUCUUAUGAAUGCUCUAAAUUUGUAUUAAGAACAUACCAGAAGCUGGCUGAUUUAGGAGCUGUUUUUAACAACAUACAAACAAACUACACCACUAUAACUUUAUUCAGUGGGGAGCCCAUUUAUUUGGGGAAUGAAACAUCUAUUUUUGGACCUCCAGGGAACAGGACAGUGGCUGAAGCCCUAAGAGACUUCUACUCUCCAUUCAAACCUCCUCGAGCUGUCAAAGAAUUCUUCUGGAAUCUCUUAAAAAUAAUUGAUCAAGUCAUCUUGCAGCAGAGGUUUUACCUUUUUUACAACUUAGAAUAUUGGUUUUUACCAAUGAAAUCUCCCUACAUCAAAAUAACUUAUGAAGAGAUUCCUUUACCUAACAGAAAUAAAUCCGGGUUCGGUUUGUAAUUAUGCUUUAGGAACCAAAAAUGGCACUUCUCCAAUACAGUGAAGUUUGUAAUAUUGGUAACAUUGCCAUGGAGCUGGCACCUAUGUUAAAUUCUGCCCUAGGGAACCUCUCUUUGAUGUUGGUUGUAUAAAGAUGUUUUCUGUUCUGCCUUGGCUUGGAUAAGGAGAAAUUCCAUUUUCUCACUAGGUCCACAACAGAAUUCAGAAAUUUCAGCUGGUUGGGACCUUUUGUUGGUUAUGUGGAAGGACUGGACAGUUAUCUGAUGCUUCUUAAACCAAUAGACAGGGAUCAGAUUCAAAUAAGCAGAUCCAGGGCUUGUCAGUUUGCAGCAACAAGACAAAGCCAGAUUUUGAGGAAACCAAUGUCCAUUUCAUGUUUGAAGAACUCAGACCAGCUUGCUGUCUUCUGGCAGAGGACAACAGAUAGCACUGCUGAGAACUACUUACAGGUUUCAGCUGUCAUGUUUGAUUCUUCCUGCAAGAUAGUGUGGUGUGUUUGGACAGCUACCAGCCGAACUGGAAUUACUAAAGCUGGUAUAUAUAAAGCAUAUAUAGAAAGAGUGGUUCUCACUUCAAUCCAGUAUUGGAACAGACCAUCUUACUAUGAAUCACUUCAUGGUCCUCUUCCAUCAACAGGCAAUAAACAUGAAAGUUUUUCCUCCUCAACUUAAGCCAAAGAAAACAGUCAUUUUAGAUCUGUGCUUGAGAUGUGUAUCCUUCUUAGAUUGCUGUUUGUGAAGGGAUUUUUCCAGGCAUGCUACCUUAAAGUGAGAAAAAAGAAUUAAGUUAAAUAAAUAAAUAAAUAAUAGUCAUAUUAAUAAAGGCCAGAAUCUACUGAC